AUGAGGCUGUUUAGAGAGAUUCUACCCUUAGUUAUUCUAGGGUUGGGGUCCUUGAUCACUGGUCUUCCCACAGAAAGGAACAGGAUCGAAAUCAUGACAGCUAUGGGAAAUGUUGACGAAAGAUGCUGUCCUUAUUCGAAAAUGCAAUAUCAAGUCAAGGCGGCCGUGCACAAGCGUUUACUGGUGGAUUCUAUGACCUCUCCAAUUGAUAUCACGGGGGACCAUGCCUUCCAGCCUCCAGAUUUUGAGAAAGGUGACCAGCGUGGACCUUGUCCUGGUCUGAAUGCCUUGGCGAACCAUGGAUAUAUCCCUCGCAGCGGUGUAGUGUCUUUCACCAACGUAGUUGCUGCCAUUAAUGAAGUAUACGGGAUGGGAAUCGAUCUGGCAACGAUCCUCGGCGUGAUGGGUACAGUCUGGACAGGGAAUCCACUGUCCUUAGAUCCCAGCUUUUCCAUCGGGGGAAGGGAUACAGGCGUCAACAAUCUUCUAGGGAACCUUGAUGGUCUCCUUGGUGAUCCACAAGGCCUCAUUGGCUCCCACAAUUUCAUUGAAUCCGAUUCUUCCAAUACGCGGGAUGACCUCUAUACAACCGGUAACAACCACGCUCUCAACAUGAGCAAGUUCAUGGAAUGGUAUGACAUGUCCAUGGACGGCACAUUCAGUAUGGUCCUCAUGGCAAAACGAGCGAAGAUUCGUAUGGAUCAAACUAAGCAGACGAAUCCGGAAUUCUACUAUGGGCCAGUCACUGGGUUGAUUGCGCGCAAUGCCGGUUAUCUAUUCCCAGCAAGACUUUUUCGAAAUCAUUCGCAAGUGAAUCCAGAGGGCGUUCUGACUAAGGAAAUAGUUCGUAAUUUCUUCGCCAUCUACGGCCAAGAGGGCAACUUCACCUAUCGGGAAGGAUGGGAGAGAAUCCCUGAAAACUGGUACAAGACUCCAGUAGACUAUGGUCUGGUGCAACUUAACCUUGACACCCUCGACUGGCUCCUGAAGUAUCCCGAGCUUGGAAGUAUUGGAGGAAACACUGGAACCGUCAACAGUUUCACAGGAAUCGAUUUGUCUGAUGCCACAGGUGGUGUCUUCAACCUAAGUACCCUCUUGAAGGAGAACAACCUCCUCUGCUUUGCGUUUGAAGUCCUGAAAUUCCUCAGCCCUAACGCUCUCGCGGGCUUGUACAAGACGCUGUCUAUUCCAUUGGAUUUGAUCAGUGAUGCGAUAUCCACACCGCUGUUAAAUUUCUCAUGUCCCGCAUUCGAAGACAUGCAGAUGGGUGGAAAGCCAUUCUGGGAAGCUAUUCAGAAUGACUUUCCUGGGGCUGCCAAAAGUGGUGGCGCAUUUUGA